UAAUUAAAACUAUAAAUAUGCGUGAAAAUGUCAAGGAAUUCAAUAAUCACAGUAUUUGGAGAGCUUGUAAUAAAAUUCGUGCGGCUGUCAGUCGAAUUCAUAUAAAUCUUUGGGAUUAUUUUACACCUUUAGAUACAGAACAAAAUAAUUUAAUCUCAGAAUUGGAGUUUAUCACUGUUUUAUCGGGAUCAUUGGGAAAACAAGUUGGUCUUUCAAAUCAAGAAAUUUCUGAACUCGCGGAUUAUUUUCGUACUCAAGAUGGACGAAUUUUUUAUACACAAUUUUGUACUAUUAUUCAAGAAAAUAGUAAGAAUAUUAUUAGAAACCGUGAUUUUUGUAUAAAUAUGCGUUGGAGAAAAAUUUUCCAUGGAUUUCUUAGUUUGUCCGAAGAAAGAAAAUUAGAAAUUAUUAUCACUAAAAUUGCUUCUUGUAUUAACCGCCAACAAAUUUUGAUAAGACCUUACUUUCAUGAUUAUGAAUUGAUAUCAAAAAAUUGCGGAGUAGUGACAUUUACACACUUUGCUCGAGUAUUACAUUUUUUAGACAUUAACUUAUCACCCAACGAAAUGUAUUUGUUAAUAAAGAAAUUUUCAAAAGACAAUUAUUCGGUCAAUUAUGUGGCUUUCAUUCAAGCUAUUGAAGAGGUUCAAGAUUUCUUUGAAAAAAAUAAAGCUAAUCAAGAUGGAAUGCUUUUGGAUAAAUUCCCAGGAAGAAUAAUAUCGGUGAAUUUACCAAAAUUAAAUCGACCCGAAAUUGGUAAAAUAAAGACUUCUUGUGUAUUUCCACAACAGUUACAUUUUUUAUCAGUCGAUACAAGAUCAAAGAGAAUUAGAAAUAUUGAAGAAAUUAUGCUAAGGCUUCAAGAGCAUGCUUUUAAAAGUCAGAUACGAGUUGCAGAUCAUUUUCAGGAUUUUGAUAUAUUUAAUGUUGGAAAAAUAAGUGAAAAUCAAUUUCAAAGGGGUUUGAAUGCUUUUAGAAAAUCUGCUCAUGGUAAUCUUUAUUUAGCUGCAGAGGAAAUCGAAAAUAUAAUAGCAUUUUAUAAAGAUCCAAGUGAUAUAGAACGAAUUUGUUGGAGAGCAUUUGAAGAUGAUGUUGAACAAGUAUUCACAAAAAAGCAUUUGGAUAAACAGCCAAAUUGUAAAGUAGUUGCUCCUCCAGUAGAAGUGAAAAAGCUUAAUCGAUUAAGCUAUGGGGAAUGGGAUUGUUCAGAAAUAGAUUCAAAACUUACAUCGACAGUAUUGAUGGAAAAAUUUUAUACAAGGUCGCUUAAAAAAAUAAUGCAAUGUAUUGAACAAAGAAGGUUUUCCUUAAGACAAUAUUUUCGGGAUUUCGAUAAAAUUAAUCGAGGACACGUAUCAGGAGCUCAAUUGCGCCAAGUUUUCACGGCUGCAACGAUUUCCCUUACUCGAGAGGAAAUUUUGUCUUUAGAAUUCAUGUACAAUGAUAACUUAGGCUUUUAUUAUUUAGAUUUUAUAAGUAAAUUGGAACAAUUAUUGGAUGAAUCGUCAAUUUGUGAGAAACAGCAAUUAAAAAAUAAAUUGGACAUUUUUAAUUUGUCUGAAAAAUGUCCAGCUCCCGAAGAAACAGAUAUUGAUUUAAUUUUAGCAAAAAUAAAAUCCAAAGUCGUUUGUAAUGGAAUCAAGGUAAAUGAAUUUAUUCGACAUUUUGAUUUAAGGAACGAAAAAAUUGUAACAAGAUUGCAAUUUGAUCGUGGACUCGAUCAGCUUAAAUGCGAUCUCACUCGUACAGAAGUAAAUAGCCUCAUGGAUCAUUUCAUAGCAUCUCAAAGACCAAAUUACAUCGAUUAUUCAAAAUUUUCUGAUGCGGUCGAAGGAGCGAUGGUAAAAGGACAACUGGAGAAGUCUCCUUUGGUGAUUCCAAUACGUCAUGUACCGACCAAAGACACUACUCGCUCCUUUUUGAAUUUCGAUGAGCGGCAAAUUCUGACACGGGGACUGAAUGCUAUCUCCGCGUACGUUGACAAUAAUUUAGAAGAACUUUUUAAGGAUUUCGAUAAGAGUUUAAAUACUGGAACUGUGACGAAAAAUGAAUUAAUUAGAGUUCUUAGUAUUAGAAAUAUUAUUUAUAACCUUAAUGCUAAUGAAAUCGAUGUGUUAUUCAAGUGCUUUACAACGGGACAUAUUAAAGUGGAACCUAAAUUUGACUAUCGAGCUUUUUUAAAUGCAUUAUACAUAUUGCGAGAGAAUAAUAUGAUUAAAACAUGA